AAGCUAGGGUUUUUUUCUCCCCUUUAUUUCUCUUCUUUUGAAAAUACCUUUUUUUUCUUGCGCAGAGAAGAAAUUCCGAAAACUAGCAAACCCUUCGAUUUUCCAUCUUCAAUUGGCUUUCCUUCUUCUGUUAACUUUGAUUCAUUCAGUGAGAAGGCGAAAGCUAUGGGAAGAGGAAAGUUCAAGGGAAAGCCUACUGGUCGCCGCCAGUUCUCCACUCCUGAGGAGAUGCUUGCUGGUACUUCUCGACGUCCUCGCACGUUUAAGCAGGAAGAGGUUGAAGCUGAGGAAAAUGAGAAAUCCGAAGAGGAAUCUGAAGAAGAUUCUGAUGGAGAGAAGCGGAAAGGUACCCAGGGUAUCAUUGAGAUUGAGAACCCCAAUUUGGUGAAGCCAAAGAACGUGAAAGCUAAAAAUGUUGAUAUUGAGAAAACAACUGAGCUUUCAAGACGUGAAAGGGAAGAGAUAGAGAAACAACAAGCUCAUGAGAGGUAUAUGAGGCUGCAAGAACAAGGAAAAACAGAUCAAGCUAAGAAAGAUUUAGAACGCUUGGCUCUCAUACGACAACAAAGAGCAGAUGCUGCCAAAAAGCGAGAGGAGGAGAAAGCUGCCAAAGAACAGAAGAAGUCGGAAGCUCGCAAGUAACAUAUGAUGGUACUAUGAAUGAUUCCCCAAGUACAAGAUAUAUCCCUACCAAUAUUUGGCUAAUGAUGGAGUUUAUAUUUCACCGUUCAUUUAUGUUAUUGUCUAGUUUAUAAGUAGACAUCUUAUAGAUGAAAUCAUGGAAGUAUACUUUAAAGCUCUAAAUCUUGUAUACACAAUAGUUCUGGCCUUAACAUGAACAAUCAUGGGAAGGGUAUACUUUUUUUUUGUUGGUUGAAUUAUUGAGCUAUGACUAUUUUACAGUAUUAGGUAA